GAAUUGAAUUUAGCAUUUGUUGGUGAAUAAAUAUAAAAGGAAAAAAAAAAAAAAAAGAAAGAGGGAAAGAAACUCAAAGGAAAAAGAGUAAGAGAGUCGUCAUUAUAACUGCAACGAGAGAGAAAGAACCCUGUGAUGUGUUUCCGAUCACAUGGCUUCUUCUCCUCCUCGUUCUCCGUCGCAAUCUUCUUCUCCAACUCCUCCUACUUCCUACGUCACUCAUCUUCCCAUUGCUCCUUCUUCUCCUUCUCAUUCCAGUGAGAAGAUUCUGGAAGAAGAGCAGCCGAGAGUUCCGAUUCAUAUCGUUACAGAAGCCUAUCAACUUCCAGUAGAUUUUCUUGAACCUUCGCCUCAAGCGAAACUUGUUAUUGGUUUUGAUUGUGAGGCUGUUGACUUGUGUCGUUAUGGAACUCUUUGCAUAAUACAGCUUGCAUUUCCUGAUGCUAUAUACCUGGUUGAUGCAAUAGAAGGGGGAAAAGUACUUAUCGAAGCCUGUAAGCCUGCACUUGAGUCUGAUUUUAUCACUAAAGUGAUUCAUGAUUGCAAACGCGACAGUGAGGCAUUGUACUUUCAGUUCGGCAUCAAGUUAAACAACGUGGUGGAUACCCAGAUUGCUUACUCGCUUUUAGAAGAGCAAGAAGGACAAAAGAGAUUGCCAGAUGACUAUAUUUCACUUGUCGGUCUCCUUGCAGAUCCACGCUAUUGUGGCUUAUCACAUGUUGACAAGGAAGAAGUUCGUGUCCUCCUUCGACAGGAUCCCAACUUUUGGACUUACAGACCUUUAUCUGAACAAAUGAUUCACUCUGCUGCUGAUGAUGUCCGUUUCCUUCUCUACAUUUAUCACCAAAUGAUGGCAAAAUUAAAUGAAAGGUCUUUAUGGCAUCUUGCUGUUCGUGGUGCCUUGUACUGCCGGUGUUUCUGUGUAAACAGUAAUGACUAUGCUGAUUGGCCGUCUCUACCUCCAAUUCCAGAUAUGCUGAACAUUGAUGGAAAUGGUCCUGAGGAAGAAAUUCUUUCAGUUCUUGAUGUUCCUCCAGGAAAGAUGGGAUGCAUUAUUGGCAAAAAAGGGGCUUCGAUUAUGGCAAUUAAGGAGUCUUGCAAUGCGGAAAUUCUCAUUGGAGGUCCCAGGGGUCCACCUGACAAGGUCUUCAUCAUUGGACCAGUGAAGCAGGUGAAGAAAGCUGAGGCCAUGUUAAGGGGUAGACUAUUGCCUGUCUUCUAGGGAAAACUCUUCACUUCUCUCUCUAAUCAAAAUUUCUGCAAUAAGUCAGUUUUUUGGGACUUGCUGCCAAUGAUAGUUGGAAUGAUUAAGGGGAUAGGAAUUGUUAAUACUUGAGAGUCCUUUUCCCCUACUUGCAUCAACUGGACACAAAAUGAAAAACCAAACAAAAAAUCAUCAAAAUUCGUCCCAAAUCAAAACUGAAUAAACUGUUUCAAUUCUCUCGUUUGGGCAGGUCCAAUAUUUGAAUUGGAGGAUGUCCUUUUUCCCCCCGCUUUUUGAUUGUUAUUUUAUGCAAUUUGUCGUACAUGCUAAUAGACUAUUUUUAGGCAUACAUAACUUGCUCAAAUAGAUUGUUGUUGAAUCGAAUAGAGAAUAGACCAUUGGUUAGCUUUUAACAAGUAGUAAUCUGAAAUUAAAAAAAUAAAUAAAAAGAUUUUUAAUAAGCAAA